CCGUCCGUCCGCCGCCAGGGAUCCGCUUCCUCUAUUGCCGUCACCCCGUCUACCGAAUCAACCUUAUUCCAACCAGAUGUCGACGAAUGCUGCUGCCUGAGCGCCUCCAAGAACCGUCUUCACUCGCAUACAAGGUACGCGCAAUGCAAUAUGCAGAGGAUAGAGAGCAAACGUUUCAAAGAGCAAUGCACAGACGGGUUGGAACACCUGUUUCGAUAUCUAGGCAGCCAUAAUGGUACACUGGACACGCACUCGAGAGGUCCGAGCAGUCAUCUCUCGUCUCGCUUCGGUUGUAGCGGUACCCAAAUUAGCAGAGGGCCACCGACGUCCACAAGGGCUGAACUAUUGCGACUGCUUCUUUUACGCUCCCCUCGUUUUGAUGAGUAUAUGCUAGGCAGAGGACGUGCUUCAAAUGUCCCCUUCUGAUUUAGCACGCGCUGGGAUGCAGUGAUGGUUCCCGCGUCGAAUCCAUGUCGAUGAUAUCAACUCUCGUGGCCUUUUCUUGCUAUAAGAGUCAUCCUGAGGCCACCAUGGAAUUUCAUCACUCCACCUCCAUCACUCCACCCUAUCACAUGACCCCUGCUUUCUUUUACAUCUUCCUUCUAUAGUCAUUCUAUCCUCACGCCACACUAGUCUCAUGUCGACGCCAAGAGGGUACACGUCGUUUCCAUCCUCCGCAGAUUUAUUCUACUUCUGCACCACAUCUUCCACUUCGGAGGAGGACCUGAACAUUCACUACGCUCCUCCUUCCAAGUCAUCGCUGCGGGUUGGCGUGCUCAUUCUCGGACAUGGUCAAGUUCAAUUGCUGGAUCUGGCCGUGGUCGACAUGCUCGCGAAUAUCGGCCGCAACAGGAUCGCCAAUUUGAAUGCGGCAGCAGGAACAUUGGAAAGAGCUGUAGACGAAGUCGACAUACGAUACGUUAGCGAGAGCGGCGAGGGAUCGUUCCCCAUCACCUCGGGCGUUCGUAUGCCAGUGACGAACUCUUUCGAGGAUGCCCCUCAGUUCGACAUUCUGGUCAUCCCUGGGUCUUUCUCAUCGGGCGAACUAUCCGUGCAGGCAAGAGGAUUCCUCACGACCCAAUGCUCGAAUCCCGCACUCAUGGCUGUGAUGUGUAUCGCAUCCGGCAUUCUCGACCUGGGACAGACGGGUCUAUUGCGCCAAAAACGAUGUACCGGGCCGCCUUCUCUGCUCCCCAGUCUCCGGCAACGGUUUCCGGAAGCUGGUUGGCUCGAAAUGCCAUGGGCACGGCACGAAAGGCUAUGGAGCAGCGGUUCGGCCAUUACUGCACUCGACAUGGUGGCGGCGUGGAUGCGAGAGUACUACUGGGACCGCAGCGAAGUUGUCGAGUGUGCUUUGGUGGCGGCUGGAAUCGCGCCAUUGGACACGUACGAGUAAUGUAUAACAAGUGCCUUUUUGGCUGUUCUUUUCCCUGUACUAUACCCCCCUCUGGUGGUGGUGGAUCGGGCACACACGUUGCAGACGUCGUUGACACUGUAUUAUAUGCUGGCACGGGCUGGCUUGUA